AUGGGCUAUGGCCUUGGAGGAGAUUCGCCGUAUUCCGGCAUUGACGAGGCCGAUGCAGCGCCGAUCAUCUCACAUAUAGAAAAAGACGGGCUGUUGUUCUCUGUUCGAGAAGAUGGGGAUUUGAGGCUCUGCAUUCCGAAGAGCAUGACUGAUGAAGAGUUCACCCCAAGGACUUCGACGCAGACUCGUGGCUGCCUGGUCGUUAUUUGGGCUCAUGGAAUACCUUGGUACGCAAUGAAAACAUAUUAUCGCGCGAACGGGAUCGCUGUCACCGGCCUCGGCAAGUACACCACGUGCAUAUUUAGCUAG